CUCUCCUCCCUCUUUCAGUGCAAAUCGAUGACUCUCCUCCUCCUUCACCAACAAUGAAAAAACUAAAAGAAAAAGAAAAAUCAAAAUCAAAAUUUAAAACCCUUCCUCUACUUCCGAGAUUCGUUUCUUUUCCCUAGGGUUUUCUUUUCCCUUUCUACUUUCUUUCCGCCUUUUUUUUUUUUUUUUUCCUUCCUGUAAUUUAUUUUUGUCAUUAAUUCUUUAGGGCUUAUUCCCUCCCUCACUGUGCUCCUCGAUCUCUCUUCCUUCUCAUUUAAGAUUAGCUCCGCCUCCUGUUUCUUGGAUUCCUUCAAAAAGUUCUAUAUGGGAUUCCAAGGAUAUCUCGUCGUAAUCUAGGGUUUUUCCGUGUUUUCUCUUUUAAUAUGUGGCUUUGUGUUUACUGGGUCGACUUUAGUAUCAAUUAAAUAGAUCUCCCUUUUGUCAAGAAUCUUGGUCUUUUUUAUCUGAAUUUGAAUUGGGUCUCUCUUUUUUAAGUUGGAAAUUGUCAUUCAUGGCUUACCAGCCGGUGCCUGGUCCGGGCUCGGGAUCGAGUUCGGGUUCUGGGUAUCAGUUCUUGAACUCCCCCUUCGGUGAUACUACCUAUACGAAGGUGUUUGUUGGAGGACUAGCCUGGGAGACGCAGAGCGAGACUAUGCGACGGUAUUUCGAGCAGUUUGGUGAGAUUCUAGAGGCUGUCGUGAUCACCGAUAAGAAUACCGGUCGAUCAAAAGGCUAUGGUUUUGUGACUUUUCGUAACCCUGAGGCUGCUAGCAGAGCCUGCGCUGAUCCGGCUCCAAUUAUUGAUGGCAGGCGGGCAAAUUGUAAUUUGGCUUCACUUGGACGGCCUCGGCCUUCUAUGCCUUAUGGACGUUUGAGACCAGCAGCCCCAUAUUCUGGAAAUGUGCAAGUUUCUCGAGGGGCUUACGUUGGAAGUUUUGGCUACCAACAUCCACUCUCUUAUGGCUACCAGCAUGGGUUAAUGUAUCCUCCUUAUGGGUAUCAAUCAUAUGGACCUGAAUAUGUCUAUCCACAGGGUGUUUACAACCCUUAUGCUGGUCAGCAUUACCUUCAGAUUUAUGGUGUACCUGGGACAGUUAAUACUGGAGUUUAUCCUUAUGGGCAAUUGGGUCAAACUAUUCCUGGUGGUCAUGGUUAUACGGCAGUGACCAGUUAUCCUGUGCCAGGUCACCAGGUAGUACAGUUUGGUGGACCUAGUGUUAAUACAAUGACAACUUCACCUAUGCCUACUAUUCAAUCACCGUAUCCCACAGGUAUGGCAGCACCUGUUGCAGCACAACCACAAUUUAUAGUUCCUGCUCCUUCUCCUCAGUAUAUGCAAGGUAGCGGUUCAGACCAAACGGCUGGGUGAGGGGCUGAUCAAGGUGAGUGCCACAUUGUGGGGUGGACACUCAUGCCUAUCCUUGCUAUUUGUAUGAUAUUAUUGUUGGAGACUGUUGUUUGCUUUCAGGUAUCCUUAGAUUGCAGCAGGACUAAGAGCAGCGGAACUGCUACUUGAGUGGCGGGCUUCGGAUCUAGCCUUGCAAAUUAUAUAUUUUGCAUUCUAGAGGUCAUACAUAGUCAUGCUCACCAGAGAAGUCAAAUGUUGAGUCGCUCCAGAUGGUGGAGAAAGGAUUUGGAAGAUGCGGGCUGCUCUUCCUUUGGAUUAUUUUUCCCUAGUGUACUUAAAAACCCACAUAUAAUGUCUCUGCUCAAGUUGAGUAGGCAGUCAUGGAUUGAUGGGUGCUAGAAUCGGUUUCUAGCAGCCACGUAGGAAUAAACCUGUGUAAAAAUCAUCCUCAUUUAGAAUCAACAUAUGAUUCUUUUGUAGUCUAGUCCCUGCAUUUUGGGUGUAUAGAUAGUCUCUGGUGUUCUGUUUGGUGUUGGGUCCAUUGUAUUAAAAUGUGAUUCGAGUUCUGUGCAUAUUAGUGCUAGGAUUAUUUUAUUUUAUUUUAUUUCUUUUUGUUGAAAAUUCAACUCCUGCAUCUUGGAUGAUUUUGAGAGCCUGGCUUCAAAACAUGGAAGCUGCAGGUAUCUAUCCUAUUUAAGAAGAAUUCUUGUGUGUUUCCUAA